UCGUGAUGUCACAGCCUCCCCUGAGCCACAGAGCUGCCACUGGUCCUCUGACCUCACAAACGCACCUCUCCGCACGCGUGGAGCUACUCCUCCUGGCGGGGCCAGACGCCCCCCCGGCCCGGUCUUUCUCUCCGCCCUCGCACGGCCAGCGGCAACCAUGAAGGGGACCCCCAGUUCCCUGGAAACCCUGCUGUGGGUCUACCACUUCCACAGCUCCACGGAGGUGGCCCUCCAGCCCCCGCUUCUGUCUUCCCUGGAGCUCGCUGCGGCCGCAGCCCAUGAGUAUCUGGAGCAGAGGUUCAGAGAACUGAAGUCCCUGGAGCCUCGAGAGCAGGAGAACACGCCUGCCGGGAAGCCCACCCUGGGGCUAGUGCUAAGAGAAGCCGCGGCCAGCGUAGUGAACUUCGGGGCCACUUUGUUAGAGAUCUCAACCCUGUGGGUGCAGCAGGAGCUACGGCGACUAGACGGCGGCCCGGGUCCGGGGCCAGACGCUGGGGAUCCGGGCGGAGCCCUGGCCCGGGUAGCCCAGGCCACGGGGCAGGGGGCUCUGCAAGUGGGGGCUGCAGCAGGCGCGAGCGCCCGGCUCCUGCUCCGAGGGGCCUGGCUAUGCCUGUGUGGACGAGGUCUGCAGGGGUCCGCCUCAUUCCUGCAACAGUGGCAACGCCAGCUGGACCUCGGAACCCCUGGGGAACCGGAAUUCGAGUCCCAGGAAUUUAUCCAAGAAAGAGAAAAGCUUAUGUCUGCAAAAGAUCUGCACACAAACCAGAGCAACAGUUACUCGGCUGAGAGGACUGACCAGAAGCGGCACAAGGGAAUGAAUGAAAAUGUCUGUACUGAUAGCGGUGGUGAUUACACAGAUGGACAUAUUUCCCAAAACUCAUAGAACUGUACACCUCAGAUCUGUGCAUUUCUCUGUAUAUAAGUUAUUGCUCAAUUUAAAAGGUUAUUAGGGAAUUCCCUGGCAGUCCAAUGGUGAGAACACGGUGUUUUUACUGCCAAGGGUCUGGAUAGCUAAGAUCCCAUAAGCCACCUGGCACAGAUUUAAAACAAACAAAAAAAAGCUUAUUAGUUGAAAAAAUUAAAGUAAGACAUUGUUGGGACUUCCCUGGUGGUCCUGUGGCUAAGAUUCUAUGUUCCCGAUGCAGGGGGUUUGAUCCCAGGUCAGGGAACUAGAUCCUGCAUGCUGCAAGACUCAGCGCAGCCAAAAAAUAAAAAUUUUUUAAAGUAAGACAUUGUUUAAAUGCACAAUAGAGGACUAUUAAUAGAGCAUACAACUCAGUUUUAUAAUUUUUAAACUCGAUUUUAAAUACAGUUGCCAUUCUGUACAUGUGGACCCAGAAGCCAUGGAAACAGAGGGCUGACUGUAUUUACCCAAAUAUGGGGGAAAUAUCAGUAAACUGAAAUGGAAAGGGGCAGUGAUAAAGAAUAGCUAAUGAUGAAAUGGUAAUGAAAGAUCUCCCCUCCCAGCGAACCCACACCAGGUAGCUUUAUGAAUGAGUUCUACCAAACUUUCAAGGGAUGGAUCACCUGUAUUUUGCAUAAUCUGUUCCUGAAAACAAAAGAAGAAGUCAAGCCAACUAGAUUUAUGAAGAUUUUACUCCAGCUAAGGAUGGAUGAGAAAAUAAAAAUAUAGGCUUCACUCACUUAUGAACAUAAAUGUGAAAACCCCAAAGGAAAUAUGGGCCAACCAAAUCCAGAAGUUUACUGGAAAAGAAAUCUUCCAAUCUAAUGAGGUCAAGUUUGCCCUGGGGGGUGCGAGGACGGUGUGCCACCCCACAUUCUUCCUUUCUGACAGAACCCCGGCUUGUUGGAGGCAGCACAAAUGCCCCAGCCCCAAGGGAUGAGUCACGAUUAGUCACAGCCAUGCCCUGCUCUCCGCCAGACACUCAGAAUGCAACCAGCAGCACCAAGAUCCAUUUCUGACUUAUGAUACCAGGACAAGUCGACCGGGGGAGGAGGUAUGGGUGGAAGUCCAACCUUGACUGGUGAAAGGAGAGUCACUGAUAGUAAAGCAGUUUAGCGCUUGCUUCUGUUGUCCCUCCUUCCCGUUCAUCACCAGAUUUGUGUCUUUGGAUGCAGCAGUCAGCUUGCACCCCUGAGGGUGCCGUGAGGACAAAAAGCCAGUGUGCUGAGGAUGGCAAGACAGAAAGAGACUCUUGACUGGAGGAUGCCAUCAAGUGCUGGAUUAACCUGAGAUGGACCCUCUCCAGCCUGCUCAUUAAAUAGUUACUGUUCUUUGAAAAUUCCCUGGUGAUCCAGUGGUUAGGACUCCAUGCUUCCACUGCAGUAGGCACAGGUUUAAUUCCUGGUUGGGAACUAAGAUGAUCCCUCAAGCCACAAUGUAUGGCCAAAAUAAAUAAAUUAAUUAAUUAAUAAACUUUAAAAAAUAAGCUACUGCCCUUAGAUUUUUAAGGUACAGCUGCUGGUCUUCUGUUAUAUGCAGCAGAGAUCAUAUCUACCAGCUCAAAUGGCUUAUAAUCAGGAAAUCUACCACCAUUAUUCACUGCAUUAGUGGACUAAAGGAGGACAAGCACACGAUUGUGAUUUGUAAUAGGAGAAGCUCAGGGCACAAUGCCUAAUUUUAAUCUAUAAAACUUCAGAGGGAAUUCCCUGGUGGUCCAGUGGUUAAGAAUCUGCCAGCCAAUGCAGGGGACAUGGGUUCAAUCCCUGGUCUGGGAAAAUCCCACCUGCCUCUAAGCACCUAAGCCCAUGCGCCACAGCUACUGAGUGCCUUAGAACCUGUGCUCUCCAACAGAGAUGCCACCACUAGGGAACUAGCGAAAGCCCGCCAGCAGCAACAAAGACCCAGUGCCACAAACAACAACAAAAAAGAAAACAAAGCAAAUAAAACAAUCCUAUAACUAAUGUAUUUAAUGAUGCCCUCCUGGUUAACAUGGAUACAAGACAGAAUUGCCACUACCACAAUAUUGGGGGUCCUGACCAAUGUGCUAAGAUAAGACAGUGCAAUAAGCAGUACAGAGACAUGAAAGGAAAAGAUACACCCAUUGUUACCUGUGAUGAUAUGAUCACCUAUGUAGACAAUCUACCAGAAACCAUAAGCAAACUACUAGAACCAAAAGGAGAGGCAGGGACUUCGAUCACUACAAGAAAAAUUUAAUGCUAAUAGCUCUCCAUUA